UGACACAAUCACGUAGUUGCCAAUGUGCACCACAGCGCUGAACAUUGCGCUGGCGAACAGUGAUAACAGCUAAAUUGAGGCCGUGAUCGCUCUCAGUCUUUUCUCUGGUUCCACAAAAUCGGAGUGAAAACGGGUUAUGAUGGGGAGGAAACCAAUCAAAGUAAUUUCCGUUUUAUAAAAUUAUGUUUUAUAUGAACAAAAGAGUAGCAAAAAAAUGAAAACGGAAAUCGUUCGGUUAUUUGCGAUUGGAUAACCUCCACAUAUUUCUCUUUCAUUUUCUCGGAAACUGCAUGUGACCGCACCCUAAGUGCGGUUCGUGAAAGUCACCUCGGAAGAUUCGCGUAACACUCGGUUCCUAUUUCAUAUAGACCAGUCGCCCGUCGUCUUUAUUCCCAGUCUUACCCGUGCGACGAGUCGGACCAGUCGGAGGUCCUGCGCGCGCGUCAUUAAAAGGAUCAUUCGAUUUGUUCUCCAUGCUGCUCCGCGCAUUGCAAUCAUUAGGUGUCAUUAAACAUCAUUGAGACGGUCCUCGAUCUCGGUCAAAUCUCGUCGAUGAAAUGUAUUCGCGGACCUUCGUACUGCUGUCGCGACCCGGUUGAACGAGAUUCUAAUCGACCGGGUUCGGCAUGUGCCUUCAUGUUCCCCAAGAACGUGUCGAGCGGAUAUCCUUAAACGAUAUAUCUAUCUGUGACGGGUCAGUGCUGGACAUUACGAUUUCGCAAUAGCAAAAAGCAACGAGGAUGGCGGGCAAAGGCACAACCACGACAAAACCUCUGCAGGUACCUCAAGACCUGCAAGAGGGACAAAAGUUUAUUAAAUGGGAUGAGGAUUCUGGGACAGUAACACCAGUGACUCUGAGAGUGGAUAAAUAUGGUUUUUAUUUAUACUGGGUAGAUCAGAAAAAUGAAAUGGAUAUGCUGGACAUAGCUAUUAUAAGAGAUACUCGAACAGGAAAAUAUGCAAAAGUACCAAAGGAUCCGAAGAUGAAAUGUCUUGUCACAAUGGGUUCUCAAGAUUCCCUGGAGGACAAAACUUUGACAAUUUGCUACGGUUCCGACUUUGUCAACAUGACGUUCAUUAAUUUUUCCACAAUGUGUGCCGAUAUAGCUCGACAAUGGACGGAACGACUUUUCGAAUUCGCGUAUAAUUUAAUUCAGUUAAACACCAGCACAACCAUGUUUUUACUAAAAGCGCACACCAAGCUUACGCUUACUGCUGAUAAAUCUGGAAAAAUACCGGUGAAGGAUAUAAUAAGAAUGUUUACACAAAACAAAGACGAUCGCAAGCGCGUUGAGAAAGCGCUCGACAUUUCUGGUUUUCCAUCGGGAAAAGAUGACGUCGUGCCGUUGUCAAAAUUUCAAUUCGAGGAUUUCUUUAACUUUUACAAAUCUCUCACUCAAAGAUCGGACGUGGAAAAAGUGUUCGAAGGAAUUGUUGGCAACAGUAAACGCAGGCUGAUGUCUGUUAUGCAAUUUGUAGACUUCUUGAACAACACGCAACGGGAUCCACGCCUCAACGAGAUAUUGUAUCCGUAUGCAAAUGAAGCGAGAGCGAAAGAUAUCAUAAAUCAAUACGAACCUAACAAGUCUAAUGCGAAUAAAGGCCAACUCAGUUUUGAUGGGUUUUUGCGAUAUCUCAUGAGCGAGGAUAAUUCGAUCGUUGCUGUUUCCAAGUUUGAAUUGUCCGACGAUAUGGAUCAACCCCUCGCGCAUUACUUUAUAAAUUCUAGUCACAAUACAUACUUAACAGGACAUCAGCUUACCGGAAGGAGCUCGGUUGAAAUCUAUCGUCAGUGUCUUCUGGCUGGUUGUCGAUGUGUUGAAUUAGAUUUUUGGAAUGGAAAAUUCGAGGAACCCGUCAUUGUUCACGGAUACACAUUCGUGCCCGAAAUAUGUGCGCGGGAUGUCAUAGAAGCGAUUGCUGAGAGCGCUUUUAAAACGUCUGAAUAUCCUGUCAUACUUAGUUUCGAAAAUCACUGCAAUACCAAGCAGCAAGCCAAGAUCGCACAGUACUGCAGAGAGUUUUUUGGAGAAAUGUUGCUUGACGCGCCACUCGAAUCGCACAAGUUAGAGCCAGGCCAGGAACUUCCGCCGCCGUUGUUGUUAAAGCGCAAGAUAAUAAUAAAAAAUAAAAAGAAGCAUCACCAUCAUAAGAAGCAGAAAAAGCAACAACCACCGUCAGGCGAGGGUGCUCCAAACGAAAUCGGGAAUUCAUUGGAGGAGAACGGCGGGGAUUUACCUCAAAAUGAGGCGACUGACGGUGUUGCGUCUGAAAAUGAGCACAUCGAAAAUGGGGACAUUUCUCAUGCUCCGAUGCUGCAGCAGAGACAGGGUAGUAAAGACAGCGGUCAGGACGACGAAGAUGACGAAGAUGAAUCGAGCACGGAGGAAGAGGAGUGUAACGUGGAAGAUAUGAAAUUGAAAAUGGGCGACAAAGCGGCGGAUAAACCAUCUAAAGCCAAAGAGACGGAAGCCGGUGCGGAAAUUUCAGCUCUAGUUAAUUACGUGCAACCUGUACAUUUCAACAGUUUCGAAUCGGCUGAAAAAAAGAAUCGCAUGUAUGAAAUGUCGUCUUUCGACGAAAAGCAAGCUACAACUCUCUUGAAAGAAAAGCCACUGGAAUUCGUAAAUUACAACAAGCAUCAACUGUCCAGAGUUUAUCCAUCGGGCACGCGAUUCGAUUCCAGUAAUUUUAUGCCACAAGUAUUUUGGAAUGCGGGAUGUCAAUUGGUUGCGUUGAAUUAUCAAACACUUGACCUGGCGAUGCAAUUGAAUCUGGGAAUAUUCGAGUACAAUCAACGUUGCGGUUACCUGCUAAAGCCGGAAUUUAUGAGGAGAAAGGAUCGACGAUUCGAUCCUUUUGCCGAGUCCACGGUAGACGGUAUUAUAGCGGGCACUGUUCGUAUUCAUGUGAUAUCCGCGCAAUUUUUGAUCGAUAAACGAGUGGGCACUUAUGUGGAAGUAGAAAUGUAUGGUUUACCAGCGGACACCGUGAGAAAGAAGUUUCGCACAAAAACCGUGCCGAAUAACGGGAUCAACCCAAUAUACGACGAGGAGCCGUUUGUAUUCAAAAAGGUAGUUCUGCCAGAACUUGCUUCAAUAAGAAUAGCCGCUUUCGAAGAAUCCGGACGUUUGAUCGGCCAUAGGGUGCUUCCCGUAGUCGGAUUAUGCCCGGGAUAUAGGCACGUUGCACUGAGAACGGAAUGCGGUCAACCGUUGCCGUUGGCAAGUCUGUUUCUACAUGUUAUCGUGAAGGAUUACGUUCCCGAUGGUCUGAGCGAGCUCGCUGAAGCUUUAGCGAAUCCAAUCAAGUAUCAGAACGAAAUCGAGAAGAGGGCGAACCAAUUGAAAGUUCUCACAGAUUGCUUGGAAGCACCGGAAGAGAUUGAAGAUAAGAAUAAGGUUGGCGAUGCUGCUAGUUCCGCUAAACCAGCUGAGGAAGUUGCGAAAAAUAAACGAGUUCCGUGGCAAACGCAGUCUAUGGGCGAAUUACCGGGUCUUUUAACCGCUUCCAGUAGUGUACACGGUAGACCGUCUAUCGCCGGUUUGAGCAGUUCGGAAACGGUGGACAUGGACGAUGUCCCACCUACUCCCGCAGUCCCGGCUCAACCAAUCGAAACAACGUCCACAUCUGCACCGAAAAGCCCAGUCAAUGCUAGCACUACGGGCGAUGAAAUAGUAGCAGAAAAUUUAGAGAAGUUUAUGGAAAAUAAACUGGUUAGGGAAAAGAAAAUGGAACUUGAGAAGAAAUUAGAAUCUCUGAGGAAGAAACACGAAAAAGAAAAGAUCCGAAUGCAAUCGACCGACGGCGAGAAGCAUAAAUCAAAAUUCUACAUGAGCAAUAAAUUAGUGAAGCGACUAUCGAGCAAAAACAUCAGUUUCUCGAGUGAUGUUGGCUUAAGUACCUUGGCUAUUGUCGAGUCUUCCGAAUGUCUUCCGGAGAAUGCGGAAAAUCGCGAAGGAAAUGAAAACAAAGGAAUACCCAGAAGUCAAAGCGAACGAUUUUUAGCCAUAUGCAAAAUGCAUGCUCAACAAGAACUUGAACUUCAGGAAAAAUAUUACGAGAUUCUUUUUGCUACUGUCGAAAAAGUGAUGAAAGCGUCGCAGUCUAAUCAACUGAAAAUGCUGCAAGUUCAAUUCGACAGAGAAACCGCGGAUGUGAAACGAAAGCUGCAGGCUACGCGACAAGGCGAGGUCAAACAAUUAGCCAAAGUGCACAAAGACAAAGCGGAACUGGAGCGCAUAAAAAGAGAAGUCGCAAAAUCGACCGUGGAGAAAGCUGUGAACGAAUGCACGCGUUUAACAAACAUUUAUGAUAAAAAGAAAGAGGAACUGGAAAGGCAGCACGAAGAAGUGCGACAAAAGUUAGAGGAGGAACGAGCCAAGGUAAAAGCUAAUUUAAUAGCGGAAUAUAAUAGUCGCUACAGCAAAUAUGAGAGUGGCGAGUUGUCACUAUCCGGCGGAACUACUAGUAGCAUGUCCGAAUCACUUAGUGACAAUACAUAUUGAAAAUGGGAUUGUUUGAUGUGUGUUUUGAUCGAGAGGCAGUGACGUCGGGUCAUCAAGUCUGAUGCCGUUUACACGUUGUUCAGAGCAUCCAAUUACGCAAUUUGCUACAUCAAACGCAUAAGUCUGAAUUUCGUAACAAGAUAGAUGUAGGUGGGAAACAUGGGAAGCAACUGAGAUAUCGUUUGUAUUUUUUUCCUGACGAACGCAAACGAAAAAAAAAAAAAAAAAACGAACCAAUAUUCACCGAUAUUACGACUUAAGAAAACAAUGUUGGCCUGCAGUGCUUGUAUACAGCUGCUCUCAACAGAGAACGAGAGGCAACAUGAUACCGUCUCGUAUGAUAUUGCGAUGACGGUACGUUAUUCGAAAGAUCGAGCGACUUCAGGCAGUUUGGUGCUAUACACGGAUAAACAAAGCACAAGACGAAUAACGCACUUCAAUUACGAUAUAUGAAUACAAGUUAUGUGUAUAUAUUAUGUGUACUAGAACUUUUAUCGUUUAAUACUUCAGGAGAUUAAAGUCAACGGAUACAAUGAGUGCAAGUUUGAAGUGAUAUUUAUCUAUUACUUCAACGCACCAACGUGUCUUUUAGUACAUUGAUUAUUACUCGAUCGACGGUGUCGAUCGAUUCUUUCGAUCAAUCGUGCAUCUCUAGGUGUGUGAAAACUCUAUGUCCUUGAUCUCUUUAAUGAAUAAAACGCAUUCGCUUAGUAAACAAAAGAAGAAACGGAAAGGGGACGGAACUUCGACGAUAGAUAAGUAAGUUUCGCGUUAUUUGCGCACAGUAUUAAGCAAUCUUAGAAAAGAUUUCGGAAUUUAAGGAUGGUCGCUGACGUGACGCGGUCGAAGUUAUUUACACGUAUUUCGAGUAUAACGAUCUUAAGGCGAUCGUUCGCGAGAGAGAGAGAGAGGUAUUCUAAAUAAGAAAGAAUACUAUACCUUCCUAAGUGCUAAUAUUUAAUAUUGUUGUUAUAUGCAUAAGAGACAUCGUUAUUUAAUUGACUACACAAAACAAACCAAAUCUGAUCGCGCGUUUAAGAUUUAAUUCCGUUUCGCACGGCGGGGAGAAGAAAAACAAGAGAUUGAUCUUUAACCAUUUACGAACGUUCACAGAUCUCAGGAGAUUCCAGUCAGAAUAAUGUGUGUAAGUGGAUGAAUCGCAAGAAUCUCUCUCUUUGGCCUAGAAAAGGUUUGUAAAGCUUUGAGGGAAGAUUGCAUAAACGCGCGAGUGAUCUGAUAUAUUUUUGACUGAAAGUAUUCUGUAAAAAAAAAAAAACUUUCUUUUUCUCAUAUUUAUACUAUGUGAAGAGAAAAUAGCAAAACAUUGUUCUGGCCGGAGACGUAAGGGUAUAUAUCUCGGUGUGUAUUUCACUCUGUAAAAAAACAAAAAAAAAAAAUUAAGCGAAUCUCUUUGUAUUCUGAGUAAUCCGGUCGGGCAAACCUCUUUGAUGAAGACAAUCAAAAAUGUUAUAUAUAUAUUAUACAUACAUAUAUACAUACAUAUAAAUAUAUGUAUAUAUAAUAUACGAGAUAACAUUGUCCUUGUUGUUUCUAAUCGUACGAUACAUUAGAUUACGAUACGUGUAUAUAAAUAUGUGAAAGAAUUCUUAAUUGUAACAAACUUAGAGGAAGAGAGAAAGAGAGAGAGAAAGAGAAAGAAAGAGAGAGAAAAAUGAAAGAAAAACUUUUAUCGUAUUAGUCAGAAACUUACAUUUGCUAUUUAUUUAUAAACAUAUUGAGUUAAGGAUCGAAGAGAUAUAUGCUCGAUGUCAGUCAUAUCUUAGCAUGCCGCAUCAAUCUCUCAUUAUUGAUUGUUGUUCUAAGUGUAUAUUUAAGUUUUUUUUUUGAUUAUUCAUUAAAGAAUAAUAAUUCUUUAUGUAAAACAUUCAAAAGAAGUUCGGUGAAAGUUCAGUUUAAUGGACAGAACGAUUUUGUUUAAAUUUCUUUACAUAUUUUUAUAUGAUGAAGCAUAUUCGAUAGCGCGUGCUUUACGUACGCGCGCGUACGCGUGUGUUGGUACUUGUGAUGAGAUAUUUCGUUUUACAGUGAAUAUACACAUGAUAUUACAAUAUAUAAUAUUACCAUACAUGAUAUUAUUAUA